GUAUCGUAUGAUUGGAAAUAAAAAAUUCCCCAUUUGCCUUCUCUACAUACUUUCUACUUCAAUGUAGAGGAAUACUUAUUCCUCGCCAACACCAGAAGGAUGUCACUUCUAAUUCCGGGGGUACGCAGGGCGGCAUCCAAGCUGACCCCCAGUCAAUUUGUCUGCCGUCAAUGCCUCCGCCAACAACGCCGGAUAGCUCCGUCGCAUAGUAGUAGUAUCCUCCAGUCGUUGGGCAAACGGCACGCCAGCACCGAGUCGCAAGCCCGCUUCGCCCGCUAUUUUACCUCGACAAGCAUUCCGACAACGGUGGCGAAUACCCCGGCCUCGGAGGCAAAAGGGAAGAAGGCUUUCCCGGAGACGAGCUCCAAGUCGGUUGGUUACUGGCUUAUUGGUAGUGCCGUCAGCGUUUUCGGCAUCGUGGUAUUCGGAGGUCUUACACGGUUGACUGAGUCUGGCCUCAGCAUAACAGAAUGGAAGCCCGUGACCGGCUCCCGCCCGCCCAUCACCCAGGCUGACUGGGAGUCCGAGUUCGAAAAGUACCGAGCCUCGCCCGAGUUCAAGCUGCUGAACUCGCACAUGGACGUCGAGGAGUUCAAGAAGAUCUACUACAUGGAGUGGACGCACCGGCUGUGGGGGCGCGUCAUCGGGCUGACCUUCGUGCUGCCCACCGCCUACUUCAUCGCGCGCCGCCGCGUCUCCGCCCGCGUGGCCGCCCACCUCCUCGGCAUCUCGGCCCUCAUCGGCUUCCAGGGCUUCAUCGGCUGGUGGAUGGUGAAAUCCGGGCUCAAGGACGACCUGUUCGCCCCGGGAUCCCACCCCCGCGUUUCCCAGUACCGCCUCGCCGCCCACCUUGCCACCGCCUUCGUCUGCUACUCGUGGAUGCUGCUCGCGGGCCUCAGCAUCCUGCGCACGCGGCGCCUCCUCGCCGACCCCACCUCCGCCAGCAAGCUCCUCUCCGCCCUCAGCAACCCGGCCAUCGCCCCCUUCCGGCGCUCCGUAACCGCCCUCACCGCCCUCGUCUUCACCACCGUGCUCUCAGGCGCCCUAGUCGCCGGCCUCGACGCCGGACUAAUCUACAACGAGUUCCCGAAGAUGGGCGUCGGCCUCUCCCCUCCCCGCGCCGAGCUCUGGGACGCCUUCUACUCCCGCGAGGCCGACCGCUCCGACCUCUGGUGGCGCAACAUGCUCGAGAACCCGAGCCUCGUGCAGCUCGACCACCGCAUCCUCGCCACCACCACCUUCUGCGCCGUGCUCGCCUUGUUCGCGUACGCGCGGACGGGCCGCGUCGCCGCCGCCCUGCCCAAGGACGCGAAGAAGGGCGUCCUCGGCGUCGUGCACCUCGUCUCGCUGCAGGUCGCUCUCGGCAUCAGUACGCUGAUCUACAUGGUCCCCAUCUCGCUCGCCGCCGCCCACCAGGCCGGCAGCUUGGCGCUGCUUACGGGGGUCCUGGUCCUCGGGCAUCGGCUACGCGUGCCCAAGUCUACAGUUGCCAUGGUUCACAAGAGACUGGCGGCGGCGGCGAAACCGCGAUAGUGUCCCAAUUGAUCACUCACUCAAUCAUCUAACCGAUUAACUUAAAAAGUAGUAGUAUACCUAGGUAGGGCAGGCAUGAUUUUUACUUGGGGGUAGAUACCAUGUACUACUAUAUUAGAAACUCAAUUCUUCUCAUUCCUACGCUAUACGUAGUAGCUACUGAGCAUGGCCCCCCCUUUUUUUUCCUUUUAGAUUUUCCUAGCUGAGAGAGAAUCUAGGUACUGUAUAAACAAUUCGUAGCCAGCACGUUGUAACCCCCCUAACCUAGUCCCAUCCCCAAGAUGAAGAGCAAAUCUUGUUCUAAUCCAUUCCAUACCUGGUUACUUAGGGAUAACUUAUUUGUGGGCUAGAGUGAAGGUAGGUGUUAGCAUACGUAU